GGACAUAGAAAUGGAGGUCUUUCAACCCUUUGUCUACUGAAUUCACUUUCUCUCUCUACAUAUAUAUAUAUAUACACACACCAAGCCACCUGUAUUUCACAGAAAGAAAGAACGCACGGAUAUACACAAGAAGCUCCUUCCCUCCAUUUUCAUUAUUGGCUCGUUUGAGUUAAGUUUCAAUGGCUUCUCGACAAGGAGCAAAAUCAAAGAGAUGGACUUCCAAAACAGCUAUGAACUCUCACUCGUCUUCCACUACGUCUUCUUCAAAGCAAAAUCCGGAAGACGGACAGAGUUCGCCAGCGGUUUCUUCGGUUAGAAGUAAGCCACAACACUUCCACUCAGAUGGAGAGAGAUCCAAGGAGAAUGUAACGGUUACUGUUCGUUUCCGUCCUCUCAGUCCGAGGGAAAUCCGGUUAGGGGAAGAAGUUGCUUGGUAUGCGGAUGGAGAACGUAUUGUGCGGAAUGAGCAUAAUCCUUCUGUAGCAUAUGCUUAUGAUCGAGUGUUUGGCCCCACAACCACCACAAGGCAAGUGUAUGAUGUUGCUGCACAAUCUGUUGUCAGUGGUGCUAUGGAGGGCAUCAAUGGCACAAUUUUUGCUUAUGGUGUGACGAGCAGUGGGAAGACACACACUAUGCAUGGUGAUCAGAGGUCUCCUGGUAUUAUCCCAUUAACAGUGAAAGAUGUUUUUAGUAUCAUUCAAGAGACUCCAAAUCGAGAGUUUCUUCUCCAUGUCUCAUAUUUGGAGAUCUAUAAUGAGGUGAUUAAUGACUUGUUAAAUCCAGUUGGACAAAAUCUACGAAUCAGAGAGGAUGCUCAGGGAACUUUUGUUGAAGGCGUUAAAGAUGAAAUUGUAUUAUCCCCUGCUCAUGCUCUGUCUCUUAUUGCUGCUGGAGAAGAACACAGGCAUGUUGGCUCUACAAAUUUCAAUUUACAUAGCAGCAGGAGCCAUACAAUAUUUACACUGACUGUUGAGAGCAGCCCUUUUGGUGAAAACUGUGGAGGCGAAGCUGUUAGCUUGUCACAAUUGCAUCUAAUUGAUUUAGCAGGUUCUGAGAGCUCCAAAGCUGAAACUAUUGGUGUGCGCCGAAGAGAAGGAUCUUACAUUAACAAAAGUUUGCUUACUCUUGGAACUGUCAUAUCAAAAUUAACCGAUGGGAGAGCAUCACAUGUACCAUAUAGGGACUCCAAAUUAACUAGGCUUCUUCAGUCUUCAUUAAGUGGUCAUGGCCGUGUAUCUCUCAUUUGCACUGUUACUCCCUCCUCAAGUAGUACUGAGGAGACCCACAACACACUGAAGUUUGCUCACCGUGCAAAGCAUAUAGAAGUCCUAGCGGCACAAAAUAAGAUAAUUGAUGAAAAAUCUCUCAUCAAGAAAUACCAAAAUGAGAUACGCUGUUUGAAGGAAGAGCUAGAACAACUAAAGAGGGUUGUCUCAGUUCCUCAACUACAUGAAGCAGGAGAAGAUGACAUUGAGCUCUUGAAACAGAAGUUCGAAGAUGGUCAAGUCAAGAUGCAGUCAAGAUUAGAAGAGGAAGAGGAAACCAAAGGUGCAUUAUUAACCAGAAUACAACGUCUAACAAAGUUAAUCUUGGUGUCCACAAAAGAUACGCAGUCACCAAGGCUUCCACACCGUGCUGGUCCAAGGAGAAGGCAUUCAUUUGGUGAAGAAGAGCUUGCAUACCUCCCUCAUAGAAGACGGGACCUGAUUUUGGAAGAGGAGAACAUAGAUGUGUAUGUUUCUGUUGAUGGGAAUGUUGAAACUCCAGAUGAUACAGCGAAGGAGGAUAAAAGAGCCCGGAAGAACGGGCUUCUAAACUGGUUAAAGCCACGUAAGCGAGAUAGUGGUGUAGGCACCUUGGCAAGCGCAAGUGAUAAAUCAAGUGGAUUCAAGUCUGUUAGUACGCCUUCAACUCCUAAAGCAGAAAGUGUUAAUCUUCCAAGCGAAUCUUGCCUAUCAAAUUCUCAUCUCUCAGAGAGCGCCGCAGCAGAUCCUUUGGAGGCCAGACCUCAUAGUUUUGAUGAUACUCCAGCGUCAUACCAGACAAGCUUAACGUCAAUUGACCUCCUGAGGGAGCAGCAGAAGAUCUUAUCUGGAGAGGUGUCACUCCAUUUCAGUGCAUUGAAAAGAUUAUCGUUGGAUGUUUCAAGCAAUCCCGAGAAAGAAUAUGUUCAUGAGGAAAUAAGAGAAUUGAAUGAUACAAUCAAGAAAAAGAACGAUCAUAUUGCUUUGUUGGAAAAGCAAAUAAUUGAUUCCAUGAUCACAUAUCAUGACAAGGUGGAGAAUGUGGAAGCAUCCCUGACUGUGGCUGAUUUAAUGCCCCAACUAAAUGACAUGUCAUUCGAACUUGAGGUUAAAGUUGCUGAUAACAGAGUAAUUCAAGAUCAACUUGAUGAAAAGAUCCAUGAAUGCGAAGAAAUGCAAGAAACAGUAGCAUCUUUGAAAGAGCAGCUCUCGGACGCUCUAGAGCUCAAGAAUGUGAGCCCAUUGGACAUAUCUAGACGCCUGUAUGAGUUAAAAUCUAUGCAGGGUGAAAUUUGCAUGGAUGGAAAAGGUUCGGUUGUGAAAGAUUCAACGAUACUGCUGCAGGCAAAGACAAAAGAAAUAGAAGAACUCAAAGAAAAGGUAGCUGAAUUAACAGAGGAAAAAGAGCAGCUAGAACUUCGAAACCAGAAGCUGGCAGAAGAGAGUUCAUAUGCAAAAGGAUUAGCUUCUGCUGCAGCAGUUGAGCUUAAAGCAUUAUCAGAAGAAGUUGCAAAACUCAUGACACGCAAUGAAAAUUUAACUGCCCAAUUCGCAACAACACAAAAGAGUUCUUCUCCUAGUCAACAACAACAACAACGUAAACCCAUCUCCACUCCUCGAAAUAUCAGGAGAAUCGACAACAACAACAGUCAUGUGAAACGAAAAGAACCAGCUGUUCUACCAGCAGAGGUCAAGAGAGAGCUAGCAAUGAACCGGGAGAGAGAACUUUCAUAUGAAGCUGCUUUAGCAGAAAAGGAGCAAAGAGAAGGUGAGCUACAUAGAAAGAUAGAAGAAUCAAAACAAAAAGAAGCCAAUCUUGAGAAUGAACUAGCUAACAUGUGGGUGCUUGUGGCCAAGCUUAAGAAAACUCAUGAAGCUGAAACUGAUCUUACUGACCCACUUGAACUUUGGAACUAAUUGACUGGAUAAUGUAAUGUGUGAUUGUGCGUGUGUGUGUGUGUAAUUAGAAACCUUCCAUUUUCUGACAUGACAAUUAAGGUAUUGAACUGCUCAAGUAAGAAAGAAAGAAGCAAAUUGGCAUAAUAGAUAAA